CCCGGGGACGGCGGCGACGGCGCCUUCCCGGGCCGCUCGCUGUCCGUCAUCGAGAUGGUGGCUUUCCUGGAGCAGCGGGCCAGCGCCCUGCUGGUGGACUGUGCCAAGCCCUGCGCGGCCUCCAACGCCGGCAGGCUGAGCAGCCAGGCCCAGCCCAAGGCCGGCUGCGAGCCCUUCCCGCCGGGCGAGGGCGAGGCGCAGGCCGAGCCGGUGCGCGUGCUGGACAUGGUGGCCAGGCUGGAGUCCGAGUGCCUGCGGCGGCAGGGCGAGCGCGAGGGCGGCCUGUCCCGCAGCAACAGCUUCCGCAGGAACGUGGGCAGGGUGCUCCUGGCCAGCGGCACCCAGCCCGAGGCACGGCCCGGGAAGGGGGCCCCGCCCCGGGGGGACGGCCUGGGGGAGGCUGGGAGGGCGGAGGCCGGGUUUGGAGGCCGCUGUGCCCCUCCGGGUGACACCGAGCUGUGGGAUGGCGGCGCCUCUGCCCAGCAGCCCUUUCCUUCGGGGCUGGACAGCCGGGUGGGGAGCGUGAAUUCGGGACUUGCCCACGCGGUGUUGGCCAUGACGGCUGGCAGGAGCGACACUGAAACGAGGAUCGAGCCUCCCAGGGCUCUGCUGUCCCCGUGCCCUGCCGCUGCCACGCUGCCGCCCGAUCCCUUGCAGAGCAAGAGCGCGACUGUUGAUUGUACGUCGAAAGAGCCUGUGAUUUUCCCAAAGCAUCCUGCUAGGAAAGAGCCCUUAUGCAUCAGUAUAUCGGUGACCAAGACAGAGGAAGGGUGCAGGAAGGAGAAGCUCUCCAGUUCUGGUGAGGAUUCUCUCCCUGGGAGGCUGUUUUUCCUCCAGGGUGAGCAGGCUGCUGCUCACGAGCAACAGCCACGGCAGGAGAGCACCCAGGAGAAGGCAGGGGCAGUAGCCCAAAACGAGGAUGAGGAUGCUCUGGCAGCUGGUAGAUUGUGUGUCAGAAGCAGUGUCCCUACAGAGCCAUUGGUCCCUUCUGUCCCUCCCACAGAAGGGGCUUUGCAAGUACUUGAUCCUUCCUGCCUAAAGCGGCAGGUUUCUCAUGACUUUCUGGAGACCAGGUUUAAAAUCCAGCAGCUUUUGGAGCCUCAGCAGUACAUGGCCUUCUUGCCUCACCACAUCAUCGUGAAGAUCUUCGGCUUGCUUCCCACCAGGAGCCUGGUUGCCCUAAAAUGCACUUGCUACUACUUCAAGUUCAUCAUUGAGUACUACAACAUCAGGCCGGCGGACUCGCGCUGGGUGCGCGACCCUCGCUACCGGGAAGAUCCCUGCAAGCAGUGCAAGAAGAAAUACGUCAAGGGGGACGUGUCCCUGUGCAGGUGGCACCCCAAGCCCUACUGCCAGGCUCUGCCCUACGGGCCUGGCUACUGGAUGUGCUGCCACCGCUCCCAGAAGGGCAUCCCUGGCUGUAAGUUGGGUCUCCACGACAAUCACUGGGUCCCUGCCUGCCACAGCUUUAACCGUGCGAUCCACAAGAAAACCCGAGGAGCCGGAGCAGAGGUGGAAGAGGAAUAUUAGUGCACAAACACUUUCCUGCAAGGUUGUUUGGGGUAGGAGGAGGAAGAGGAGAUUCUCAUGCCUUGUGCUGUUUACAGUGUAUAUAAUUGUCGUGAUUUUUUUUUUUUCCCCCCACAGGGCUAUGAAACUGCACAUACUCAAACACAAGAGCCUUUACCUUUUAGAUUAAAAGAGAGCUUUUAGUCCAUCUCUGUAAAUAACACUAUAAAAACUAAUUGUACAUACAGAGUCUACAGCUGGCUGAACAAGGUAACCCCUACAAUGCAGCUAUCCCAGUGUUGCGGCUAUAGGUGUGUGUGUUUUUAAGUGUCUUGUUUCAAAAUCUGUAUAUCCUGUAUAAUAUAUGAAUGUUUCUGAGA